UCUCAGACAGACUCUCUGAUGUCCACACUUCCUCCCCCUUAGAUCUUAGAUCAGGUGAAGAUCAAAAAGGUGUGAAAAGCUAUUGUCUUCUUGACCUUCUGAACUUUUUACUGAAGAUCAUAGAAGUUUUAAAGCUGUUAGAUGUUAAAUUGGCUGAUUCUAUUUAAGCAGGAUGAUAACAUGUGAUCUGAAAUAUUCUUGUGAAAUUUGUUAAACGUAUUUCACAAAUACCCUCUUAAAGUAUCUGAUUAAAAUAAACCUUAAACUUCUAUUUUUUUCUCAUAUUACAGAAAAAUGCAGAAGACGAUGACUUUCUUCCCGGGGAAAAUCUGCGUUGUGUUCCGCAAGGGACCACUCGGAUUUCUCCUCCAGGAGCCAUCGAAGGAAGCCAGGAGAAUCAAAGAGGACGCCACUCUGCAGGACAAGUCUGCACCCACACGGGCAGACCUCGUACACCAGAAUGCCCUGGCUGUGGUCCGUCAGAGAGGAGGGGACGCCUCAGAUCGGGCAGAGGUGCUGGGGGACUACAUCCUGCAGUUUGGGAAAUACAAAGGGAAAUCUUUCCGGUGGCUUCUGGAAAACGACAUCGGAUACACAAUGUACCUGAUUAAAAACGUGGAGAAGGAGGAGGCAUCAGGCGUCACCGUGACUGCUGGACAUGCCAAGGACAGCCUGCAGUCAUUCGUCAAUUACGCCCUCGAUUUUGAUGAGAUCCAGUCUCUCCGAACCUAUGAGGCAAGUGGAGUUGGUGUUCUGGCAGCUUCAUCGGAAGAUGACCAGCUGGUUGGCUUUGGCACUCGUGGGAAAAGUACCUGGAAGGAGAUUUGGGACAGCAGAGCUGAUGGCUAUGCGGCCUUCGUUUUGGGGAAGGUCUGCGUCCCAGGUACGCGCAUGUUUAAGCUGCAGCAGUACCUGCAGAAGAGGCAGCGAUCGGCCUCAGCUUCCCCACCCGAGGAACAGGCUGCAAGUGUCUCCAAACCCAUGGGUAAAUUAAUUAUUAUAUAUUGUUAUUUGCCACAUCUGAUGACAUGUGACUAAUACUUUAAACCUAUCCUAAUUUGGGUGAACUUAUUCUUUUUUGUACCCUGUAAUAUUUGUUUGGACCACAGCGAUGGACGAGGAUGAAGAGCUGGAGAGUGCCAUGAUGACCAUGAAAUCCUCCAAACCACACGUGCGGACCUGUAAGUGCGCUUUUAUCACACUGACUAAUUGUCAAAACUGACGGUGGCAAACUCUGUGUUGUAUCUGACAUCUGUUAUUUCCCAUUUUCUGUUCAUAACCAGUUGUUGCGCCAGCAGCAUCCACACCAGCAGCUGCCAUACCAGGAGUGUUCCCAGGAGUGUCCCCAGGAGUGUCCCCAGGAGUGUCCCCAGGAGCAAAGACAGGUUUUUAAACAACGGGUUUCAGGAGUACAGUUCAUAUUCAUGAUGACUUGUCUCUCAAAACUGAACCUCAACUUUAACUAUUUCUUUGUGUUCUUUGUGUUCUUUGUGUUCUUUGUGUUCUGGCCAUGUUCUGGCCGUGUUCCUUUAAUAAUACUGUUAGCUGGUGUUAUAAAAAACUGUCCUAAGGACUAUGAAUUGAUCACUGCCAUGAUGAAUUGAUGGCAAACGCCGUGAGGGUAAGUAAGCAAUUUCUUUUCUACGCAUGUUGUAUUAAAAGAGAAACAUAUGAACUAGCACUUAAAUGCAUGCGUGUUCAUUAAGUCAUAAUGCUCCUCCUGCUUAGACUAGAGAGUCGUGAUUAGUACUUUAAGUUUGUUUGGUGUGUCUAUAACAAUUUAACAACACUAAUUUUGAGAAGCAGGAGAAGUAAGCUUGACUGAUUAAUUUCCUACUAACAAAAACAUCUGAAUAUUUUGUGAAUUUUGAAAUGAUUGAUUAUUUUGGCUCUUCUAGUUCCAUCUGCAACGCUGUCCAAACCUCUGCUGACCACUGCUUCUGAACUGCAGGCCUCACAGGAUGAAGGUAAAAAUAUUGUAAUACCGUUGCUGUAUCAGAAAUAGAAUCUAUACUCGCUGAAGUAGCUAGUUUUCUUUACACAUACAAGGAACUCUGCUCCAUUACACUAUAUUGUUUAUACACAAGCCUACAUACUACAAGAGAACAGAUUGAUGUCGGGUAAGAGGGAUAAUGAUAUUAACGUUAUGAAGUGUAAAAUUAUCACAUAACGUAAUCAAUUGUGUUUAUUGCAAUUUCACGAAAUUAAUGAUGAGCUUAUUCACUUUCCUGCAGCUGCAUCAACCUCGUCCGGUGUGAAAAGGAAGAGAUCCGUGCCCCUUCCACCAGAGCUGGCUUUCCUGAUCAAGGAGACUACUGGUCCCUCACCACCUGGGAGUCUUGAGUCAACUCAAGGUACAGGAUGUUUCUAUUCUAGUGUAGGACUGAUGUUCACAUCUGCUUAAUGCACAGCUGACUUAACUGAGUAGAAUCCUCACAAUAUCUUUAUAUUUCAUCAUCAUGUCUUUUUGAAUAUAGCCCGUACAAGUGCAUGACAGAAAGACUGCUUUCUCUUUUCAGAACCUAGCACAAGUGCUGCUUGCACCUCAGCACAAAGUGGAGUCAAACCUAAAGCCACUGCUGGAGAUGGUAAGAAUGUAGAGAAUGUAAACAUUCCCUCAAUUUUUCUGACUCCUGAUACUAACAUGCUAUGUUGAUUUUGCUUUAAACCAUGCAACCUUUAAUAAUUAUCUGUAUCAAAAUAAUCACUUGUGUUCUAUUGUCUUAUUUUUAUCCUAGUUUCCUCAGCUCAGCCCCCUCCUCCUGCUCCUGCUCUUGUUCCUGUUCCUGCUCCUGCUCCUGCCCCUGCCCCUGCUCCUGUGCCUGCGCAUGAUCAUGAUAUGAGCAGCUGGAGUUGUUCUCAUCACCAAAAGCUCUGGAUGAGGACAGAGCUCCAGGAUCUUGGGCUGUGGCCUGGGUCUCGCCCAGUUCGUAACCCAGGGAACGCAGUUUCUUUGUGGCGUCUUCCUCCACAACCUGAGCUGUUGGAUUCAGUGGCUGAGCUCCCGUCCCCCAACUUCUUCCAGCUCCACCCAUUUUUUAUCUGGAAACCUGAGAGUCACAUCAUGGUCAGGCUGAGAAACAAUUAUAUCCUGCCCUGUCUCCACGGCUGUCCUCAUCCUCAGGUGGUCUCUGCAGGAGUGGGCAGGCCUCGAGUUGUUGUUGGCACCAGCGGGCAAUAUUUUAUCUUCUCCUCUCGACUCUGCUGCAAGGCCUAUCGAAAGACCUGGUUCGCCGACAGUCCACGAUGGCUUGACAAACUUCCCAGGCGCUUCACCAACCUUCUGCCUGCAUUUCUGACUUACAAGAAAGCCAUCUGUAAGUCUGUCAUGGAUGAGCUGAGACGCACCGGGAAGUCACCAACAGACAUGGCCAACCAGGUGAAUGAGCUCAUGCACCUCAAGUAUGAGCGAGCUCACCUGGCAUACCUCCAAGCCAUCGAGAGUCUGAGAGAUGCUGAGGCUGGAGUGCACGGUCAGAGAACCAUCGGACAGUUCCUGAGGAAGGACAACCAGCCACGCGCUUUUGGGCCAUACGACGAGCAAGAUGGCUGGGCUGGAGUCUCUGUGUCCGGGUUCUACCUGACUGACUGCCUGCUGGAGGAGUUCAAACGCCAGGAGCCAGCAUUGUCCAGGCUUCUUCAGGGAACAUUUGGGCGUGUUUUCAGGUCUGACCACACCAGGAGAGUGGCAAGGAAGGUGACCUUAGCCUCAGGAGUCAUGUCCAGUUAUGCCGUGAUGAACGAGCACUGGCUCAUUGUCUCCUGGGUGAUGGUUCAGUCUGAAAGCGAGAGGUCCCUGGAGCUGAUGUACGAGGGGGUGGCGAAGAGGUACAGCGACGCCGGAGUGGAAAAAGCAGGCUACCACUGGGUGGACAGGUGAGCAGAGCCAUCAGCUGUUUUCAGUUUCAUUCAAACUAACUAACUAACAAACUAACUCAUUCAUUUAUUUUUGAUUCAAUUUAGUGUCUAGUUUUAAUUUUAAUCCUUCUGUGUCUUUGUGCCUUACAUUAGGGAUUGCUGUGCUGCAUUUAAAAUCGCUGACAGCAGCCCUUUUGAGCAUCUGGACUGGGAUGCCUGGAAGACCACCCCAUCCAUUAUUGCCGGAGCGACCUCUGGAAGUCUUGUGAACACCUGUGCCUCACGUUCACAUUACAAUGCUGGCAUUGUUGUGAAACUGGACUUGUUUCACUGCCUGAGGCGCUUUUCCAGGGAGUGCACCUCUGAGCAUCACCCUCUGUACAGCACCUUCUGCCAGCUGCUCUCCGCUGCCUUCUCUGUUGUGGAUCAGGAAGACUUAAAAAGCUUCAGGAUGCCUACAGGUUCUGCGGUAUUCAUCCUGCAAAUCCCACGAAACAGCACAUACGGGAGCACUGCAGGAUUAAAAUACCCAGACCAACAGAGCUGCUGGACAGAGUGGAGAGGGUCCUGA